AUGAACAACCUCGAGGCGCUGAUGCGGCGGUCGCGCACACAUCCGCACGCCCACAACCACCGGCGCACGAGUGGACCGAUCUCGCCCUUGUCACAAGGACAAGACAGCGAGACGAGCUCGAUCUCCAAGAUCGGCAGCCUGGGGGGCGCCCGCGGCAGCAUAUCCUCGACGCAGAGCCAGGAUGGCGGAGAAUCUGAAGUCACACUCAUGUUCCCGCACGAAGAGGAGACUCGACCACCGCAAGAGGAGCGCGGACGCCGAGGUAGCAACGACCGUCAUGGCCGCGGUCCUCGUGCGCCGAAGCGCUACUCGUACGGCGCUGUCAGCGAACCGAUCUCGCACCUUGCGCAGAACCCGCCGGUACCCAUCGACUCCUCCGCACCGGCUGGCAACUCGCGCUCCCGUAGCAAGGGAAGGACGCCGCCGCGGGUCGUGCGACCCUUCACUCGCGCUCACCGUGACGCCGCCACCGCCGCCGGUGCGAGCUUAGGUGCCUUGGGCGGCGUCACGAGCGACGCCGAUGCUGGAUCCUCGACGAUCUCGACCACGAGCGACUACACGGCCACGUCGCCCUCGUCGCCCUACCGCUCCUUACGCCGGGGCCGAUCACAGGACCGCCGACCGAUCUCGCCCGCCGUGCUCUCGAGCAUGCUCCCGCCCACGUCAAGUGAUGAGGAAGACGAGUCGGAUGCCGAGACCGAGCACGCCAAAUCUCAGGCACGCGCAAACCUCUGGCAACCGGGAGCCAGCAGCUUCGGGGAGCCUCUGCUCUGCGAUCCCGCCGAGGAGCUUGAUGCCCAGGACUUAGAUCUCCCGACAGACGCAUCUGGCAGGGAGGUCCACACUUGGAAGGGUGCGAUGGCCGUCGAGCUCCCGCUGCUGCUCCGCACGACGAUUCCCGUCUUCUUCACCCAGCUCGCCGAGUACUCGCUCGCUCUUGCUAGUGUCAUCAGCAUCGGACACCUCGGCACCAAGGACCUCGCUGCUUCGUCGCUCGCCAACAUGACUGCCGCUGUAUCGUGCUAUUCGAUCGUGCAGGGCAUUGCGACCGCACUCGACACCCUCCUCCCGGCCGCGUGGACGUCGUGCGACCCGAGUCGUGUCGGUCUCUGGACGCAGCGCAUGUUUGUGGUCAUGUCGUUCGCAAUGAUCCCCAUGUUCAUCUUCUGGUUCAACAUCGAGGCUAUCCUGCACGUCUUAGGCCAGGACCCGGACGUGGCCCGGCUCGCGGGCGUGUACCUCGCGUACCUCUCCCCGGGUAUCCCGGGGUACGCCGGCAACGUGAUUCUGAAGAAGUACCUGCAGGCGCAGAACAUCAUGGAUGUGCCGACCUACAUUCUCUUCAUUGUUGCUCCGCUCAACCUCGUCCUCAACUGGUUGCUCGUGUGGGGUCCUCCGGCCGUCCGGCUCGGGUUCAAGGGCGGUGCUAUCGCCACUGCCUUCAGCUACAACCUCACCUUCCUCCUGCUGCUCGGGUACAUCCUCUGGAUCGGGCCGCGGGAGGCGUGGCACCCCCUUUCCGCCAAGAGCUGCUGCUCCAAACUUGGCACCAUCGCGUCCCUCGGCGUUGCCGGCACGGUCAUGACGAGCUCGGAGUGGUGGGCGUGGGAGGUGUGCGCGCUCGCCGCCUCGUUCUUAGGCCCGACCACGCUCGCCGCACAGUCCGUCCUUCUCUCGACCUGUUCGACGCUGUACCAGUUCCCUGCCUCUCUGGGCGUCGCCAGCUCCGUGCGAGUCGGCAACCUCCUGGGCGCCGGUCGCGGAUGGGAAGCCAAGUGGGCCUCCCGCGCCAGCUUCGUGUGGGCCACAGUGUUCGCGCUCGGCAACAGCGCCAUCUGCAUCAUCUUCCGGAACAACUGGGGGUACAUCUUCAACAGCGACCCCGUCGUUGUCGGUCUGGUCGCGCAGGUCCUGCCGUGGAUCGGUCUCUUCCAAGUCAUGGACGGACUCUCGGGCGCGGCCAACGCCGUCCUGCGCGCACAGGGCCUGCACGCCACGGGCGCGCUGAUCAAUCUCACAAGCUACUACGUGAUUGGCAUCCCGUUCGGGCUCUGGCUCAUGUUCUCGAAGAGCGCGGGCCUCGGCCUCGUCGGGAUCUGGAUCGGCCUCACGCUCAGCCUCACGUAUGCGAGUGUGGUGGGCCUCUACAUCGUCUGGAACGCGGACUGGGACCGCGGCGUCGAGCGCGUGCGUGAGCGGCUCGGCCUCCCGCCCCUCCCGGACAAGUUUGACGAUGCGGAUGCCUCGGGCGUGGUCGAGCAUGAAGCGAACGGAACGAACGGCGUCGUCGAUCCAGAGCGCACGCCGACAGAGCGCACCCGUCUUCUCACCUAG